AUGACUUCUCCAGCGGCGCAACGCCUCGGAGCACUCUCUUCACAGCUCUCACCUGCCAGCGCUCAGUCUGCCAAAGACCGCCUGCUAGCUCAAAACCCAGACGACAUCGUAAUCACAGACGCCAUCCGCACACCCCUCACCAAAGCCCGAAAAGGCGGACUCAAGGACACGCCAGUCGAUGCUCUGCUGGUCAGUCUAUUGACAUCUGUUCGUGAGCGUCUCGGGUUCGAUCCAGCUCUAGUCGAUGACGUCUGCGUUGGCAAUGUCCUCCAACCUGCUCCAGGCUUCGCCGCCCGGAAUGCUGUUCUGGCAGCAGGAUUCCCUGUUGGGACGUCUGCCAAUGUGGCCUCACGAUUCUGCUCCUCUGGACUGCUGAGCAUUCAGAACGUUGCCACUGCCAUCAUGGCUGGCGCGAUUGAUGUCGGCAUUGCAGUGGGAGUGGAAAGCAUGUCUCAGAAUGAGGACAAGCCGCCCACGUCCAGCGAUGUGAUUGAGGCGCAUCCCAUAGCUCGGGAUAACAAGAUGCCGAUGGGCUGGACGAGUGAGAAUGUGGCGAAGGACUUCGGUAUUACUCGCCAAAUGCAGGACGAAGUUGCAGCAAUGAGCCAGCAGCGAGCAGACAAGGCGAAGAAGGAAGGCUGGACCAAGGACGAAAUAGUCGAGGUGAAGACCAAAGUGAAGGACGCGAAGAGUGGGUCUUGGCAAGAUGUUGUUGUGAAAGAGGAUGAUGGAGUAAGAAGCGGCACCACAAAGGAAGGCUUGGGCAAGAUCAAGGCCGCCUUCCCGCAAUGGGAGCCGGCGACGACGACUGGUGGCAAUGCGAGUCAGAUUACUGAUGGAGCGGCCGGCGUUGUGUUGAUGAGGAGGAGCAAGGCACAGGAGCUGGGUGUCAAGAUCAUUGGCAAGUAUGUGUUGAGCACGACGGUUGGUCUCGAGCCUAGGAUAAUGGGCAUUGGCCCAAGCUUUGCUAUUCCGAAGAUCCUGAGUCGAACGGGGUUGAAGCAGGACGAUGUGGACAUUUUUGAGAUCAAUGAGGCUUUUGCUUCGAUGUACGUUUACUGUUUAGACAAGCUACAGCUGGAUAGAGAGAAGGUCAACGUCCGUGGCGGUGCCAUUGCGCUGGGUCAUCCUUUGGGCUGUACCGGCACAAGACAGGUCGUCACAGCUCUGAGCGAGUUGAGAAGGAGGAAGCAGAAGAUUGCCGUCACUAGCAUGUGUGUUGGGACUGGAAUGGGUAUGGCCGGUGUUUUCGUCAACGAGGCCUGA